GGGUGCUGCAUAGGAAUUUCCCCUUCCCUUCCAUUUGUUGCUGGGCAGCUUAUUCCUCUCUCCCCAACACCUUUGGACUUUUCAGGAAGUACAGCCAUGGCAGAGGCGUGCUAGCCAGCGUCACCAUGUUCGGCAAGAAGAAAAAACGCAUAGAGAUCUCCGCCCCCUCCAACUUCGAGCACCGGGUCCACACCGGCUACGACCAGCAGGAGCAGAAGUUCACGGGGCUGCCCAGGCAAUGGCAGGGCAUCAUCGAGGAGUCGGCCAAGAGGCCCAAGCCCCUAGUGGACCCCGUGUGCAUCACGGCCGUCCAGCCCGGCUCCCAGAAGACCAUCGUGCGAGGGAACAGAACUGCCAAAGAUGGCUCCCUGGCCUGGCUGCUGGAUGAGUUUGAGAACAUGUCCGUGUCGCGCUCCAAUUCCCUGCGCAGGGACAGCCCUCCCCUCCCGGCCCGGCACGAACAGCUGUACCAAGAGAACGGCCUAAGCGAGGCUUGGCUCAAGCCGCGGCCCCCGCCGCCCCCCAGCGAGGAGGGGAGCCGGAGCCGAGAGCGCAAGGAACGGAGCCGUCACACCUCCCGGAAUGAGCAGGAGCACGGCAGAGAGAGAAGCAGGGAGAACAGGACUGCCGGGGGGCAGCACCCCCGGGGGCAGGAGCCCCCAGGCAAAGCUCACCAGCCCCCCAGCCACCGGCCACCCCCUCCUGAGUACCACAAGGUCUCCUCGGAUGGCAGGCACAGAGCCCACGAGCGGGAUGGGAGAAAGGAGCCCUCGUGGGAAAAGGAGCCAUCCGACCGCGUGGUCAGGAGGGAGCGUGCUGACGGCCCUGAGAAAAGACCCAAAUCUACAUACACGGGAGCGACCAGCCCACAGUCCCCCCGGGAAAAGCGGCCUCUUUCAGGACCAAAUAUCCGGAGCCCGAACAUCCCCAUCUCUGAGGGGGUCAUGAAAACGGCACAGCAGACUGGGCGUCCUUUUAACACGUAUCCACGAGCUGACACCGAUCCUGUCCGGGGCUCUCAGGGGGAGCACAGAGCCGGGAAGCCCCAGGAAAGCACCUCCAACGGCCCCAUAGGCGAACACAGCGGGUCCUCGAGGGUCCCGCCGUCAGGCCCCCUGAGAUCCAGAAACGCAGAGCCCCCUCCCGCCGGACUCCCCCAGCACGCCUCUGACCCCCAUCUGUUACACACCCCCCAGCCCGCCCCUCCGCCCUCCUAUUCGCAGCAGCCGCAGCCGGCUCCACCGCACCAGCCCCCGCUCCCUCCUCCCCCGGCCCCACAGCAGCAUCAACCCCGCUCCCCGCAGCGCGAGCCCCAGCGUGUCUCGCAUGAGCAGUUCCGGGCGGCCCUGCAGAUGGUGGUGGACCCCGGCGACCCCCGGAGCUACCUGGACAACUUCAUCAAGAUCGGAGAAGGCUCCACGGGCAUCGUCUGCAUCGCCACCAUCAAGAGCUCCGGGAAGCUGGUGGCCGUCAAGAAGAUGGACCUGCGGAAGCAGCAGCGGCGGGAGCUGCUCUUCAACGAGGUGGUGAUCAUGAGAGACUACCAGCAUGAGAACGUGGUGGAGAUGUACAACAGCUACCUGGUGGGUGAUGAGCUGUGGGUCGUCAUGGAGUUCCUGGAGGGAGGCGCCUUGACCGAUAUCGUCACACACACCAGGAUGAAUGAAGAGCAGAUUGCAGCCGUCUGCCUCUCUGUCCUGAAGGCGCUCGCUGUCCUCCACGCCCAGGGAGUGAUCCACCGAGAUAUCAAGAGCGACUCCAUCCUGCUCACGCAUGAUGGCCGGGUCAAGCUCUCUGACUUUGGGUUCUGCGCUCAAGUGAACAAGGAGGUGCCGCGACGCAAGUCCCUGGUUGGGACGCCUUACUGGAUGGCUCCGGAGCUCAUCUCCCGAUUGCCCUACGGCCCAGAGGUGGACAUCUGGUCCCUGGGCGUGAUGGUGAUCGAGAUGGUCGACGGGGAGCCCCCCUAUUUCAACGAGCCCCCCCUGAAGGCAAUGAAGAUGAUCCGAGACAACCUGCCCCCCAAGCUGAAAAACGUGCACAAGGUGUCUCCUUCCUUGAAGGGCUUCCUGGACCGCUUGCUGGUCAGAGAUCCGGCCAGAGGGCCACGGCCACUGAACUCUUGAAACACCCCUUCUUGG